UACCACCAUAAGAAGCAACCAUGCCUAUAGAAGGAGGAAAAACGGAUAUGGAGAGGAUUGGCCUCUUCAGUGAGAUGGAAUAUAUUACUGUUGGUGAUAAAUAUGUGUCACCAUUUAAUCGACCCUUUAAUGAGGCUGCAAGCAAAAAUAGACAGAUUCUACCUGGGGGAACCAAAAAAAUGUCAAAUCUCCAGGCAGGUUAUUUUGAUCCCCAAUUUGCAAGGAUUUUUGAAGGCGAAGGCUAUGUAAAUCUAAAUCAAGUGAGAAGACGGCAUAUGAUGGAAGAAGCCAAAAAAAAUCUUGCCAAAGCCUUUCUCCCGAGUAGUGGAGAUAAAAAACCAUGUGGACUAGGAAGCUACUAUGGAACAAUAGGUGGUCCAGUCCCAUCCUUCAGUGCACAGGCCAAACCCAGGGAACAAUAUAUGCCACCUGGAAAGAAUUUAUACACAAACCCAGGAAAGAAAGGAACCGGAUAUGGCUAUGCAAAUAUUACCAUAGGUAAACAGUUUUCACACUCUUCUGAUUUAUAUGAUGCAGCAAGACAAAAUUUUAAGAAAGAAAAUGAAGAGCAUCAUCGGUUACUGAAGGGGGCACCUUUCAAGUUAAAUCUUUACCCAAGGGACUAUUUUGACACUAAUCCUUAUUUUACUGAAAAACCUUUACCUCCAAUUAAAAAAGAAGAGAAGAAAGAAUCACUUUUAAGUCCUUUUAAGCCCUCUUCUCCUGGUAAAAAGCCUGGUGGAAUGAAAGCAGGAACAUUUGAACCUUACCCAUCACAUUCUACUGACCCUUAUGUGCUUAAACCAGGAAAGGAGGUUUCCAAAAAAGAUGAUAAGGUUUUUCAUCCCCCAAGUGGACCAAAAAGCAGACCAAUUGAAAGUAUAAUGAGUUUGAAUGUCAAAAGGGCACUCAAUAUGAAGAACUACAAGACUGCUUCAUUACAGUCCUAUUAGCAACUGCAAGACACGUAACUUUCUAAAUCCUUACUACCAGUAACUUGUCAUCAAGAGCUAAUUAUUUGAAAAAAUGCAAAAUGCAAAGUGUGUGGAACAGAUAGCUCGAGCCUUGAAAAGAAAUUUAA